AUGCUGAUGAUGAACAUUGCAAAUACUAAAGGUGAUUGUAUUUGUGAAGAUAAUAGUUCAGCAGAAACUUGGACCAAUGUUACACCAAUUGAACAACCAAAUGAUAAAGAUAUUAUUAGCAAUUAUGUUUUUGGUAUAGAUAAUUGUAGAAAUAAAUGCAAGAAACAUGGUUAUCAAAAUGGUGGAUCGUGUUUUGGUGGAAGAUUAAGUAUCUACAAAUGUCGUGGAAAGACUAAUCAGACAUAA